CCUUGCCGCACAACACCGGCAUAGAUUAUUUGUUGUUGACACAUCUGAUUAUAAACAAAAAAUAUUUUUUGUUUUGUAAAAAAUAAAACAUAAAUUUGAGUAAAAAUAAAUCGUUUCAAAUGAAGUGACUGCUAACACAUCUCAACAAUUCGGAAAAAGAAUUAAUUACGACAAAAACAAUGUGUUAACUUUAGGCAGAAGUUUUACAAAAGGGGGUUGAUUUUCUGUUUCUUUCAAUAACCAUCACUUGACGGUCUGGUCCAAUCGAGAAAAUUCACUCAAAACCAGCAGCAAGAUGAGGCGAAUGAACAAUCUACUGACCCUAUUCACAUCUAUGUCAGCCUUUUUCUUUGGCUGUUUUAUAACAACUCUCUUGACUUCCGUUGACAAGUGUCCUGCACAAAAAAGUGGCGUACAUAAAUUGGAGCCACAUCCAGAACUCUUCUUGAUGGUUUUAAUAUUGAGUGCUCCACGAUAUGAGGAAAAACGUAAUGUUAUACGCGAAACUUGGCUGAAAUUGGGUCGACCUUUGGCUCUGCCCUAUUAUCCCGAAGAAUUUGUCUAUUUGCCCUUGUAUGGACCCAUGGGCCAUUUACAAAUGGAAAACACCAAUGAUCAGGCAAAUCGCUUACGAAUUUUCAUGGACUGGUUGGAAGGAGUGCAAAACUCAAAGACGGAAGUGCCAAAACGUAAUAUCAAGUUAAAACAUUUCUUUGCAAUUGGCACACAAGGAUUGUCACCUGAUUUGCGCUACCAAUUGGAAAAGGAACAAAAGAAGCAUUUGGAUUUAUUGCUUUUGCCCAGAUUAAUCGACACUUAUGCCAAUCUAACCGAAAAACUACUACAUUCCAUGGAUGCUUUAACACACCAUUACGAUUUCAGUUAUUUGUUGAAGGUUGAUGAUGAUUCAUAUGUCAAGUUGGAUUAUCUUUUAAAUGAAUUAGUGUCGUAUGAUCGUAAACUACUGAGACGCUCGAAAGAAUAUCGAGAUAACCCCCUGCCAGCCUUAUAUUGGGGUUACUUCAAUGGACGUAGUAACAUUAAAACCAAAGGUCAAUGGGCUGAACCCAAUUAUUAUCUGUCAAUGCGUUAUAAUACCUAUGCUUUGGGUGGUGGUUACGUGCUGGCCCGUAAACUCUGCGAAUAUAUGGCCAACAAUUCCCACCAUCUGUCCACAUAUGUCAGCGAGGAUAUAUCGGUGGGUACUUGGUUGGCGCCAUUUCGUCAUGUCUAUCGUCACCAUGAUCCACGUUUCGACACAGCAUACAUGGCGAGAAAAUGUAAGAAAUACCAUUUUGUAUUACACAAACGAAAUGAAACAAUAAUGCGAGACUUGUACAAUGGCAAGCUAUGCACCUUUGAGGUGGCCAAUGAAAAACAAUUGCAACGUCCAACGGAAUAUUAUUACGACUGGCAUAAGACAGCAGAUAAAUGCUGUGAUAAUUUAGUCAUUUAAAGUGCCAUAAUUAUUAGAGAAUUAUUAAAAGGACAGCUAUAAAAAAAUACAAAAUAUUUAAUGUCUUAAAAACUAAUGCCUUAAAUGAUAUUUAGUAAGAAUUUUUAUUAAUGAAACCAAAGCUCAAAUUAUAAAAAUAAUUUAAAUAGAAUAAACUAUUAUUCAUAAUAAAA